AUGCCAGCGCCUCUUCGUCGGACAGGUUUCUCCCUGCUGCGGCUCUUGGGCCUCGUCCUCAGCCCUUGCCAUCUCCUACCGGCGUCUUCUGGUAUCCUUGGAGCAUCUGCAAGCUCUUCAUCAGCCCCCAUCACCGCUGCCGACUACCAGGCAAGAAUUGGCUGGGGGUUUGACACUGAUUUCUUCAAGUCCACGACGGGCUUGAAGAAAUAUGAUCCAAAGAUCAUGGUUGACCUCAAAGCUAAGGGAGUGAAGAAUCUCCGACUCCGAACUCGAGGAGACAUCUUUGGAUUCAACUCUGCCACUGAGGUUGUGGACAGCGCGAGUUUGCAGGAGCUGGUGAAGGGGUACAGAACCGUCCUGCCUGACAUGUACGCGAACGGUAUCUUCCCUAUCAUCUCAUGGAUCAACGAUGCAUCAGAAGUGCAGGCAACGGACGCCCAAGGCGACAACUUCGUGGAGUGGUGGGGGAAGGUGGCAGAAGAGCUUAAGGAUGAGCCCUACGAGCUCUCAUUCAACCUCUUCACCGAGAUAGGAGACGGCAACCUCAAGGACGACCCGGCCAAGUACAACGACUGGACUCGUCGCGCCAUUUCCGCCAUCCGCAGCACGGGAGGCAACAAUGGGAAUCGUGUGAUCAUCCUUGGAGCACCGGCAAAGGACGCGGACUCGCUAUCAAGAAUCGACGCGUCGAUCACUACCGGCCAGCAGUAUCUCAUGGCAGAGUGGCACCUGUACGCAUCCGGACCAAACAAACAAGUGGAUGGGCAGAAGUACUGGGCGGGGACUGGGAGCAGUGAGGACCGUGAGCGGGUGAACAAGGUCUUUCGAGACGCCAUGGCAUGGACGGCUUCCACGGACAUCCCGACCUGGAUCGGAGCAUGGAUGCCAUAUGACAACAUCGGGGCCACACUGAGCCAGGAAGAAGUGGAAGCGUUUGCCUGCUACUUUGCAAGCGUCGCACGGGACAACCACAUCCCUUGGUCCAUGAACAAGCUCGACAAUUUCUAUGAUGUGCGCCAGAAAUCUUGGGUGCAAACCCAAGACAUCGGGAGAUCGGACGCUCCUGUCACCCUCAGCAUGCCCCCGAUCCUCGAUGCCCUUCAGUGUUCUUCAGCUCCUCCUUUGCCACUGACAAAGUCGAACGCUGACAUCUAUCUUGCGCAAAGACGUGUGGAACAAAGCAGGGCAAGAUCGCAAGAUCGUCACAGGAUCCAUAGAAGUUUCAUGAUCGGUGACCCUGCCGCUGCAGCUGCCGUGACUCGGGCCAUGGAACCAGAGUAA